GACAGUGCUUUCAUUCUUUGUUAGUAUUCUGUGCGUUUAAUUGACGUAUGGGUGACAGUUACAGUUUGUUGGGGGUGGUUGAAUUUUGGAUAUUUAAAAACUUUUUCCGUCUCGAUGACGUCUGGAAAGGAUACGAUGGGCGAGCAGCCAAUUUUCACUUGUAAAGCUCAUGUAUUUCAUAUUGAUCCUAAAACGAAACGUUCCUGGAUGCCGGCUUCAACUACAGCUGUCAGUGUUUCAUUUUUUUACGACUCUUCCCGUAGUUUAUAUAGAAUAAUCAGUGUAGAAGGGCAGAAAGCUGUAAUUAAUAGCACUGUUACACCCAAUAUGACCUUUACCAAAACGUCUCAAAAAUUUGGACAAUGGUCUGAUGUAAGAGCAAACACUGUAUAUGGCCUGGGAUUUUCUUCUGAAAGUGAAUUACAGAAGUUUAUUGAUAAGUUUAAUGAGGUGAAAGAUGCAACAAGAUCUGCUAUUAGCAAAGUUACUGCCAAUGGCGGAGCAGUUGUUACUCCAGUAACAAGUGCUAAUGCCAGUCCUAUUAAUGCUAGAGCGGCUACAGCGACAUUAGAGAAUUCAGACAUGUUAGAACCACCAGGUAGUGCAGCAAUUCCUCCAUCAAACAUCAAGCAGGAAGUUGAUGAUUUACCUCAUGGACGAAGUCACUCCGUGUCUGGUGGACAAAGCACCGAAAGUCCAAGUCAUCAAAUUAAAUUAGAAAAGACUGGAUUUGGACCCAGUCCUGCAGCUACAGCAAAUCCGGUUGAUAUGCAGCUUAAAUACGAAAAUGAUAGACUGAAGCUGGCUCUAGCGCAAAGUUCUGCCAAUGCCAAAAAGUGGGAGAUUGAAUUGGCUACCUUGAAGAGCAACAAUGCGCGCCUCACAAGUGCCCUUCAAGAAAGUACUGCUAACGUUGAUGAGUGGAAGAGGCAACUAGCUAGCCUAAAAGAGGAGAAUAUGCGCAUGAAAGCAAAAUACCAGGCAGAUUUAGAAAACAGCAAAGGUGGUGGUGAAUUAGGAAACGAAUUAAGAAAAGAAAUUCAAUCUCUAAGGAUACGAGUGGAAGAACUUGAACUAACAAUAGAUAGCAAAAAUGAAGAAAUAAAGCAAUUGACUGGGAACACUAGAAUAUCGGAUGUACAGAAAGAGAAUCAGGAACUCCAGUCGACUUUGAAACUUGCACAAUCGGAAUUGGAAAUUGCGUUAAGUGCCCACGAUUCUCAGAAACAGGUUUUAUUCACUUUAAACCAACAACUUGCUUCAAGAAUCCAUGAAUUAGCAACUAUCCACGAUGAAAUGACUACUGCUCUACAAACAUGAAAACGUUUUACAAGAAGGUAGCAAAAAAUGGCACGAGUAUUCUAUAUCUAGCCUACAUAUAGGUCAAUCUGUUUUAUUUUGAGUAAGCCCCGCAUGUCAUUUCCAAAGGGUUUAAAUGUACUGAGAAGUUAUUCCCGUUCGGUGCGAGUUUUUCUGUAAAAUUUUUCCUUUUGCCGUGGGUUACCUAAUUGAUUUUAAAAAAAUAGGGGCUUACUUUGACUUCAGCUUUUCAGCUUUUUUAAAUAAUGUUUAAAUUUAGUUCAAGGUACUACAAAAAGAUGGAGUUAUGUGUGAAACUUUUCCGACAUAUUUUUACUAUAUUUAUUAUUUUUUAAUGACCAAUAUCAAUUUUGCUUCAAGUGCUCCUCUAGUUUUUUUAUUAUAUAUUAACAUUCGAAUUCUUAUUUAAUCCAAGUAAGUGUAGGGCGAUUCUUGCUACCCAGAUUCUUAAAAUUUACCGAAUAUAAUUAAUCCAGAAUUUCAGAUGAUAGUCUACAAAUUUGAUAUCAAAUUAUGAAGAAGUGAUAUUUAUUCAGGUAUUUGCGUGUACUUUUUUCCCAGGGUUUUUAAAUACUCUUUUUAAUUAACGGAUGGAAAAUUUUUAGAUUUAUUUUAUUAGCUUACAUUGAUUGAAAGAACCAUAUUAAUCACUGAUCCUUUUUUUGGUAAUCAACAAAGAUAGAAUCUCUAAUAUUACAAUUUACACAAAUUAAAACUAAUAAACAAAAUCUAGAACAUAUAUAUUUGAAUGGAAUAAUUCUUAAUUUUUGCACCGAGUUUGUUUGAGUCAGGUCAAAAUUAUUCCCAAAAUCAAGUUUUGGACCUUUAUAUCCAAAAAAUACGCUGUGAUUCGUUGUGUAUAACAUAUUUUUGUACACUUUUUACAGAUAAAUUAAAUUAAAUUUUAGGUAACUCGGUUAUUCUUUAAAAGUUGAACAUUCAGUUUUUAUUGUUCAGGAAUAAAAUUGCCGCAGUCAAGAUGGAUGGAUCAUUUUCCGAUAUACCCAACAAUUGCAUUAAUGCUUCUAAGGGUGACAUGUGGAAAAUUUAUUGAAAUUACUAAUUUUUAACUUUUUGUUACAUAUAGAUAUAACAGAUUCUCGAUUUUGUACGACCAAUCACACGCACUGGAAUAUUGGGGAUAUAAUUAAUUAAAAAUCAAUAUAGUGCUUUGUAUAUGGUAAUCUGCUUAAAAACAUGUUAUAAUUGCGCAACGCUAUCGCGUUGAAAUUCCGGAAGUUACUGUACUAUAUUUGGAGUUACAGCCGUAGCAAUUUACAAAAGCAAAAAAAAGUAAAGGUCAAUCGCUUUUUUAUAAAAUGACUAUUUGUAUAUCAAGUUCUCUCUCGGAAAGAUGACGUAUUUUGGUAUUUUUCUUUAAAUCAACAACAAAUUUUUAAUGUCGCAGUUUUUCGUUGGACACUUGUAUUACAGUUUAGUUAAAAACUAUAGUAAGUCGGAAAAGUUUCUGAAAUUGAACCGUUUCUGAAGGUUAUUGAACCUGUGCCAUUUUAAUGCUACUUGGCGAAGUAUGAUAGUCAAGAUAUUAUAUGUUUGCACAAUUUUAUAGAAUAUUCAUUUUAUUUAUUUCACAGAGGUUUUUUUAGUUUCAUACAAUUUUAUAAUUUUUUAUAAGUGGGUGUAAGUUUGUAAUAUUUAAUGUAGUAUUGGCUGAUUAGACCACACAAAAAUAUUUCUGAACACAAGUUAUAAAGCUUUAAAAUUAGUUUUUAAGUGUGCAACGGAGACAAAUUUUGUAUUAUAUUUUCUUAUUUAUAUUAGUAAUAUAUUUUAUUUAUACCAGUUUUCGCGACACCUUUUUCGUUAAACUCAUAAUAACAUAAUAAAAGACAUCAUAAUUUUGAUUACUUGGCAAUCUUUAAAUUGUAUAAGGAUAAUUUUUUUCCUCAGUUCUUAUCUGUCUUCUGUAUUGUACAACUUUGUUUGUUGUUAUUAAACCGAAUAUAUAACUUGAACCUUGAGAACUGCUUUAGGAGAGUAAGGCUCCUCAUAAAUAAAUUUCAUAUAAGCAGCCAUAAUAAAUCAAAAUCCGCCCUUCGUCCAAAAAUUCCUGCAAUUAGCACUUGUUCCUCUCUGCUACCUCUAAUGAGCAGAAACUAUAUCAUUCCACAGUCACUAAAGUUUGAAAAGUAUGUAAUGAUUCAAUAGUUUUCCCUCUAGCCUGCAAAAAUAAAUUGUUUGUUAAAUUUCUGGCGAUGUUACGAAAUGUUGCAGGCCUAUUUGACAUUAAAAAAAAAAUGUUUUGCUGCUUCUUAAAGGAAUAUUUAAAUCUUUAUUUGUUUUUUUACUUCUUUUGUAUUUGCCUUAUAUGAUUCUAUGACAUCAUGAGCUUUAAAUCAAAUAAUGCUCUUCACUGCCAUUUAACCGCGACAUUUUUAUCAAAUUAAUCAACUACCUUUUUAAUUUUUUUGGACUGAUUUUUUGACUGAAACUUUUGUCAAAUUGUGUUAUGAUUUAUUUCAAUUGUCUAAUGUGUUGAAUCUCAUUUUGUUAAAAGUUUUCUAAUGGAAAUAUGAAUAAUAUGUUAUAUUAAACAGCAGUACCAAAUGUACAGGUCACGCAUUUUCAAUGUACAUGUUUUUCGGGUAUUGACAAAAUUGAAGUAAAUGCAACAAAUCUGAGUUAACAUAACCAUUUUCAUAAAAAUAAUAUGCAACAGUGUUUAAGUUUAAUUAAAUUUUUACCUUGAAAUUAAUAGUUUACCUAAGUAAAAACUCUAAUAAAUACAGUGUAUUGAAUUUGAAAAAUCAGAUACGUUGGGAAGGUCGAGUUUUUCUCAAAAGUUGAACUCAAAGGUAAUACUUUAGAUUUGGACUUGUUUUAAUUUUGUCAGGACCCCUCACACCCUGUAAAAUUAUUCUGUUGUUUGAUUGCAGUCAUCAAUUGCGAUUAUCUGUAAUUAUAAAAUUUUAUAAAUGACUAAUACAAUUGUUUUUUUUUGUUAAUAUACAUGUAUUUUUAAUUCAUAUAUACUAUUUAUUUUAAAAUAAAUUAUAUGUUCUUGAAUUAGAAGUGCAAAAGAGGUAAUUGUUAUCUACAUAUGUAAGUAUAGGAAUCCAAUAAUCUGGUUAAUCAUAUUUAGUUAUGACCAACCACAUUCUUGCAAUUGCGAAACCUAUAAUCAGUUAACUUUUAAGGCAAUGGUAUUUAAUUAUAAUUACCCACAUUCUUGCAAGUAUGAAAGUUGUUAUUCACAGAUGGUGUAAGUCUUGGGAAAGUGUGCGUUAGAUUAGCUAGGUAGAUUUGAGACGAUUUGUGCGAGAAUAAAUUUAUCAACAUUAAAAUAAAUUACUCAAAAAAUUAAAGGAUAAACUAGUUUAGAAAUUUACGAAAAUGUAAAAUAACAACUAUGUUGAAGUACAUAAAUUUUGUAGGUGGAAUAAAGAGUGUCUGUAAAUAUUAUUCAGUUUUCAAUUUUUAAAACACACGUUUCUUUCUUUCUUUUGAACGGUAUCUUUAAAUGCGCUAACGAAAAUUUGUAUCCCGAUUUUCAGGUGUUAUAUGAAAUUUAGGAAAACACUUCAAAAGGGACCAAUA